AUGAGCAAGGCUUAUGAUCGGGUUGAAUGGCCUUUCAUAGAGGCUUUGAUGCGGAAAAUGGGAUUUGCUGAGAAGUGGAUCACAUGGAUGAUGAGGUGCAUCACCUCGGCCAAUGCUGAUGAGAGUCGGGUUGCUGAGACUGUUAAGGAGUAUGAGGGAGCUUCUGGGCAACAAAUUAAUUUUGCUAAGUCCUCGAUACAGUUCGGACAUACGGUGGAUGCAGGGGUAAAGGAGGAAAUUCACCAGAUUCUGGGGAUUGAGAAAAUUGGGGGAGUGGGGACAUAUCUAGAAUCGCUUUUUUCACGGGUCUUUAAAGGACGUUAUUACCGGAAUGCCACUCCUUUGGACCCCAUCAAAUCCUACUCUCCUUCCUAUGGGUGGCAGAGUAUUGUAUCGGCUCGACCUCUGGUUAACAAAGGGCUUAUCAAAAGAGUUGGUUCGGGAUCGUCUAUCUCAGUUUGGGAUGAUCCUUGGAUUCCAGCAUCUCGCCCGAGGUCAGCAAAAGGAAACGGGAUACAUUUUUACCCGCACCUCCGCCGGAUAGACCGGACUCGUGGGGAUGGUUUAUACGAAGACAGGGCGAUACACGUCAAAUCAGGGUAUACGAUUGCCCAAGAAGCUAUGGAGGCUGACAACAUGAUACAGUUUGGUCCAGACUGGGAGCACGUUAAGGAGUCGUGGUAUACAGACAGAUCCACAAUGUAUGCGCUGUGGUAUGGCGGCGGAAACGAUUAA